AUGACAAGGCCUGCCAGAUCCGCUCUCGCAAGAACGAAGUUGGACCACCACUUCGCCCACCUACUACUUAAUUCCUACGAUACCCUCAUUUCAUUCUCCGAGCGAGGCAUGUUCUCCUCAUCCAUCCGGGGGGUAGCCUCGAAAACUCCAUCUAUACCCAUUGCCUCUUCCUUUGCCAGUUGUGCACCGCGAGCCGCGGCCACUCAUGCGCUUUCAACCCGAAUACCCCAAAGACGGUACUCGUCUUCGAAACCUUCCAGCCCUGCCGAUGGAUCGAAAGGCGUAGCCCAGAGCGGGCCUGCUACUGCUAUUGCGCAGAAAGGUUCGCGGUCGAGCAAAAAGAAGAACAGAGAUGGGAAUGCGAAUGGAAAGGGCAAGGAGGAAUCUGUAGAUAACCUCCCCAGCGUACCUAGUACACAGCAUAUUGCCCCUAAUCGUACGUUUAAUGGAUCUCGUCCGUCAUUUUUAUGGGAAACUAACUCGACUUAGAAAUCUCUGCCUCGGACUUCUUUUCCCUCCACCGUCCAAUCUCCCUCACCCACAGUUUCCCACAGGCCGUGACAGACGAAGCCUUUGCCGCUAUCUUCGCACCUCGCUCAAAAUCAAAUCCCAAGCCGGCGGAGGUCAUCUCGACACUUUCUCGAACGGUCGAAAACCUGGACACAGUUACAAGCGAAUUAAAGAAAAUGAGUGUAGUGAACCCACAAGAAUGGAGCGAGAGAGACGAGUUACGUGCGGCGAUAACGGCAGAAUCCAAUCAGAGAAUGGAAACACAGCAUCUCGAUUCUCCUCCAGAAGAGUCGACCAUGAGCUUCCCUCAACACAUCCUCUCCGGAAAAUACCGUCCUUUCAGUCUUCCUCCAGCACCUAUGCCUAUGAACACACCGGAAUCUAUUGCUGCAGGAGCAGAGGCAGCAGCCGAGGCACAAAAAACUCAACAUCGUACAUAUACUGCCGUUCUGACCAUCGAGGAAUCGACCGAUCAAAACGGUGAUGUUACAUAUCAUGCGCAUAGCUCACCUCUAGUAUCCGAGGAUCAACCAGCUAGCACCCGAUUCCUUGAGCGUAUGCAGGCCCGACAGGAUCGAUACCGAGUACAACGAGGGGUGGAGUUGAAUGGCAUGUUCGCCAUUAGCGUGAAGAGACAACGAAAGCUUAAGAUGAAGAAGCAUAAGUACAAGAAGCUUAUGCGACGCACAAGAAAUUUGAGACGCAGAUUGGAUCGUAAUUAGAAGGGGGCAGGGCUGCAUUGCAUUGCAUGUGUAUUUGGUUUACUGUAUUGGUGUCCAGGGGAAUUGUUCAUUUCGUCAUUGGUUCGGUGGUGGGUUGAGGCUAUACUCCUGGGCCAUAUGAGCAUAGCUAUCGCCUCUCUUAAAUGGGAGGAUCGUUUCCUGAA